AGUCAACUGUCAAAGUUGUCGAGGUUUUGACGUUUGAUAUUGCGCUUUCAAGUAGGAAUAUUUAUAUAACACAUAUCGUGAUUAUAAAAAGGGGAAUCACAUGUUAUAAUGCCACGUAUGUAUUCUAGCAAUUUCUAUUUUAGAUUGUCUAGAUUAUAUAGCGAACCUCCACAAUCGCUUUCUCAUUGUAUCACUGCUACUGCAACCCGCAAGUUUGUUAAAUAAAGUGAAAUAUAUAUUUUUUAAAUCAAAUAAAUUAUCAAACUGUUCUAAAGAAAUAAAUAAUUAAUAAUUAUGGCUGGACCAAAUCCAUUGGGAGCAAUUGCUGUUGGUGUAGGUGCUGGGCUACUAUAUCACCUUAUGACCUCGAAUUCCGAGAGUAAAAUCGUCCUAAUUGAGAAUUUCCAACAAUGCGUUGAAGCCGUGAAGAUAUUACGGAGGCAUUGUGCUGAAGUACCUGUUCUUGGCUUUGACUGUGAAUGGGUGAACGCACCGGAUGUAUCGUUAUUGCAGUUAUGUAGUCACAAGGGCUAUUGUGCAGUUAUAAGGCUAUGCAAUAUACCAAACCCACCGUCAUCGCUGUGCGAUCUAUUAAGUGAUCGGAAGGUGGUUAAGGUUGGUGUUGGCACUACAAUAGAUUGCAAAUAUCUAAAAUCGUGUAAUCUUCCGACAUAUUCCACAUUGGAUUUGCGCUUUGUGGCCAAAUUGACUGGAGAAAGGGCGCAAAAUUUGGCUGAUAUGUAUAAGGAUGUUGUGGGCGGUACUUUGAAUAAAGAUUUUCAGUUAAGCUGUUCAGAUUGGGAGGCAUUUCAAUUGACUCCCCAACAAAUUCAAUAUGCUGCUGACGAUGCUAUAGCAGGUAUGGAUAUCUAUUUAAAAUUAGCCAAAAAAGUGGCAGAUGUAAAAGUAUUUGAGGAUUAUUAUAAUAUGAAUUACAUACCUUAUCGACACGGCAAUUUGGAAAGUGUUGCUACAAAUGAAUGUUCGCUCCAGUGAAUACAUUAUGAAUAUGUUCAAAAUUGUUGUUUGAAUAAAUACAGAAAUCUUUACAUAUAAAAUGCGGGUAAA